AUGACAGCCAGCCAGAGUAUCGUCUUUCAGAACGGCAAGUUCUUCCGCUCAAAUAAGGCGCCGCCGGGUCAACGGUCGGAAGCUAACUUCGCGGAAUCCUUGAUUGUGAAGGAUGGCAUCAUCACAUAUGUCGGAGAGGCUUCCGCGGGGCAGGUGAAGGCGGCCGUCGAUGCGGGGGCUCGGGUCCGUGAUGUUGGUGGUCGCACUAUAUUGCCCGGUCUUGUCGACGGGCACAUCCACCUGACCCAGCUGGGACAGACUCUGCAGAAGCUGAAGCUCGACGACUGCAAGAGCCUCGAGGACAUGCGGAGGACGAUUAAGAAACACGCCGUCGCCAACCCCGACCAGAAGCGCAUCUUCUGCAGCGGCUGGAUGCACUUCAUGACCCCCGAGGGCCCCCUGGCCUCGCUGAUAGACGACCUAGACCCGCGCCCCAUCCUGAUCACGGCGAAGGACCUGCACUCGACGUGGGCGAACUCGGCCGCCUUGGAGGAGCUCGGCCUGGACGACGAGCCCGACCCCCCCGGCGGCGAGAUCGUGCGCGACCCCAAGACCGGGCGCCCCUCCGGCCUGCUCUCCGAGGCGGCCAGCAUGAAGUUCAUCCCCCUGUACAUGGCUAGGGUGUCGACGCCGGAGGACCGCAUCUCGGCCAUCAAGACCGCCAUCGACGACUACAGCAGCGCGGGCUUCACCGGCCUCGUCGACAUGGCCAUGGAGGAGGACGGCUGGAGCGCGCUGCAGGAGUACAGAGAGCAGGAGAAGGCGGCGGGCCGCCGGGUCCCCGUGCGCAUCGCCGCUUACUGGCUCAUCCUGCCGAGGGACGACGACGCCGAGAACGUCAAGCAGGUCGAGCGGGCGGCCGAGCUCGCGCGGUCGUUCAGCCUCGAGACGGACCCCGACUGCCGGCUCGUCGGCGUCAAGCUCGUCUGCGACGGCAUCGUCGACGGGUGCACGGCGAGCCUAAAGGAGCCGUACAGCCACAACGGCGACAACUGCGACCCGGCCUGGUCGCCGGAGCGGAUGGGCCCCGUGGUCGAGGCGGCGACGCGGCUCGGCCUCCAGGUGGCGCUGCACGCCAUCGGCGACCGAACCGUCGCCGACGCCAUCGACGUGCUCGAGAGGCACGUCGGCCGGAGAGCCGCCCGCGCAUCGAGCACCUCGAGGUCACCACGGCCGAGGACGCGCGGCGGCUGGGCCCGCCUCGGCAUCACGGCGUCCGUCCAGCCCGUGCACGCCGACCCGGCCAUCCUCCGCGCGUGGCCGCGGCUCAUCGGCGAGCACCGGUGCGGCCGCGCCUUCGCCUACAGCGAGUUCGCGGACGGCGGCGCGCCGGUGGCCAUCGGCUCCGACGCGCCGACGGCGCCGCACCAUAUCAUGAGCAACCUCUACAUCGCGACGACGCGCCGGUCGGCCCGGGAGCCGGGGCUCGACGCCGUCGUCAACCCGCAUUUCGCCCUGUCACUGUGCGACGUCCUGGCCGGCGCGACCGAGGGCGCGGCGAGGAGCUGCUUCCUCGAGGACCGCGUCGGGUCUCUGGAGGUCGGGAAGAGGGCGGACCUGGCCGUGCUGGAUAUGGAGUGGGAUCCCGAGAAGGCGCUCCAGACGAAGGUCCUGGAGACGUGGUUCGACGGGGAGCAGGUCUUCCCUUUCAGGGAGUGA